AUGCCACGCCGAAAAACCGCUGACCGAGCAGGACCGGUGAAGACCCGCUCUCGUGACGGAUGCAAGGAAUGCCGUGCCAGUCGCGUGCGAUGCGACACCACAAAGCCCCGUUGUACCCGCUGUUCGGAGAAAGGAUUGCCCUGUACUACUACUCUCGUCCUGAAAUGGGAGUCCGAAUUCGCCAGCCGAGGCGUCGCCUUUGGCCGCGCCGGUGUCUGGAACAAACCUCGCCCUGAUGGCGUCUCGAGCUCGAGCUCCGUCCCUUCGACUCCGGCUACUUCAACCGUUGAGGACACAUAUUGGUGUUCCUUGCCCACCAUUCAUCCAUGGGGAUUUGUCAAUAGCGGGGUACUCGCCUUCGAAACCCGCGGCGAAGUCGAUGUCAAGUCGAACGAGCUACAAACACUGGUUCCGCUUAUCCAAGGCAAUGCCUCGCUAGGCCAAUUGCCUCUCCAUCUACACUCACUGGGGGAUCUGGGUGGACUUGCGGCGGCGCUUCAUCCGAACCCUAGAGCUGGCCCUUCUCUCUUCCCGGAUGUGACUCGAAUGGGACAUGGAGAGCUGAUGGACUACUACCUACAGCAAGUCUGCCCCCGCACGACAGCCAGCUCAUCUGUCUCAUCACCAUUUGCCUCCGUGAUUCUACCUUUCAGCUUAUCCGCCUCACCCACCCUCUUCAAAGCGAUCCAAGCGCUAGGAGCCUGUCAUCGCUCUCGUAGCGAUGCGUCCUAUGGUGCCUUAGGACUACGUCUGAAGUCAGAGACAUUGCACGAUCUCCGGCACCGCCUCUCGCCGAGGGCCCCUCCAACUGCUGCAACGACCCCGAAAUAUUGGUCGUCAUGA